GAGAACAGAAAGAGCUCUGGGCUUCAGUGAACAAGUAGGACUCUGAGUUUUGCCUGAGUGCAUGAGAGCAAAGGAGAGAGAAACUUACCAAAGAGGAUGGCUGGACUGGAGAGGCAUGGCAGGGAAUACAAGUAGGAUGUGGAGCGACAGGGAUCGGCUUCAUUUCAGCUGAUCUGGGCGCACACACACAUUAAGAGAGGAACUGCAGACAAGGCAGAGGACUUGUCGAGACUGGAGGAAGAAGGAGUCUCAGACGGGGGAGGCGUGCUUUGACUGAACGCCGGCACAGUCAGAACAAGCAGACAGGAAGAGGGCGAGGAGGCGAGGAGGGGGAAGAUGAGGUAGGAAACCUCGCGAGGCACCCAGGCAGCACAUUUACCCCCUCGAAAGGUGGAGCCGGUGUGUGUGCGAAGGGGAGGGAACGCGGACGCUGUGGGGUUCUGGUGAGAGGCAGAAACUAAGGCUGGAGAGCGGUGAGUAGGGUACAGAGGUACAGAGAGCGAGGCAGACAGUGAGGGGGGGCUAGUGGGUGGGAUUAGACGGACAGGAGGGGGAGCAUGAGGACUCAGCUCCUGAAGUCCGCCUGCUUUUCCACGUUCACGGUCCUCUGCGUGGGGAGCCUGCUGCGCCUCAUCUGGUACGCCUACAACAGCAGAAAUGUGGGACCUUACACGUCGUCUUCUGGGAAGAAGCAUGUUCCACAGCUCUCGUGUAAAGACUGCAGGGAGGUCAUCAAACAAGUAGUCACCAUUUACUCUCAGACCUGGAAGAAGCAGGAAGAUAACUAUGAAAACCUCAAAUUUGAGCUGAAUCGGAAGUGCCGAGGUUUUGACAGGGCCAUCGUCACGCAGGACAACACCCCCAUGGGGUCGAAGCUCCUGUACGAUGGGGACAGGAGGAAGAGCCUGGUCGUGACCUCGGAGAUCUUCAAAACCUUCCCAAAGGAGGAUCCUUUCCCCAAUAAAAUGCUGGACACGUGUGCCGUCGUUGGUAAUGGGGGGAUCCUGUCCAACAGCAGCUGUGGAACCACGAUUGAUGCAGCUGAGUUCGUCUUCAGGUGCAACCUACCUCCUUUGGAAAAUGGCUACGAAAGAGACGUGGGCACGAAGACCAACCUUGUGACGGCGAACCCGAGCAUCGUGGUGGAGAAGCACGGGUCUCUGAUGGGGCGACGGCGUCCAUUCGUGGAGAGUCUACGCAAGUACGGCAACUCCCUGCUGCUCCUCCCUGCCUUCUCCUUCGGCUCAAACACCCCCGUGUCCAUGCGGGUCGUCUACAGCAUCGAGGACUUCGAGAGCUCGGUCAAAGCCGUGUCCCUCAACCCUCACUACCUGCAGAGCCUGGCGGCCUUCUGGCGCUCGCAGGGCCUGAAGGAGGUGCGGCUCAGUACCGGUCUGAUGAUGGUCAGCUUGGCCCUGGAGCACUGCACCAACGUGGAGCUCUACGGGUUCUGGCCCUUCAGCUAUCACCCGGAGGACCUCCGCCACCUGACCAACCACUACUACGACGACAGAAGGGCCACAAACCAGAUCCACGCCCUGCCCACCGAGUUCAACCACCUGCUGGGGCUGCACAGCCAGGGCGUGCUGCGGCUGCACCUGGGCCAGUGUUAGCCCGGCGCCAAGUGACGGCCCGCGGACGGCGGCCGCCCAAGUGCCUUCUCUGUGUUUCCAGGAUGUGGACGACUUCCUCUAUUUUAAGAUGAAUGGACUUGUUUGUUUGUGCGGCAGCAGCAAAGACAUUUGCACUAAAAUCCAAAUGUGUCCAUCACAAUCAUUCUGUAACUUGGUGCCUACAAAUCUAUUUAUUACUAUAACUGUUGUAGCAGUAGUUUGGAGGAUGAUUUGACCCUUUUGGGAGGUCUAAGGGGUAGUGCCUUAUGAUAUUUAGUUAGUACCAGUAACCUGGGUGGAAUGUAUUUUUAAACGCGUAAAUACCUCUUUUACUUCAAAAAGACAUUGUUUGACUAAAUGUAAAGACUGUGAUACUGUUCUUUGGGACGUACUAACCAUGUACCGCUGUACUGUUACAUCCUACACGUUAAAGGUCGGUGCCCGCUGUGAGUGACUGUAUCUACGCCCCGUCACCGCCCCUUCGUAGACUGUGCCUCUCAGACGACAGACGCUACAGACAGACUUAGCAAAGAUGAAGUAAACACAUGGGUCUCGGCUGUUUCCACGGUGACCCGGCGUUGUGCCACAAUGGACACCGAGCCUUAAAAACAAAUGAGGUUUAUCUGUAUGAUAUAUUUCAUUGGGUCAAAGACAGACAGACAGACAGACAGACAGACAGACAGACUAACAGACUGACAGACAGACUAAAAGACUGUUCACUAUUCACUAUCUUAGUGUUUAGUGAAACUAUUACAAAUACAGUAGUUAAACGUUUUCAGAAGUGUUUACAGAUCAGGUGAAUGUUUUGUAACAUUUUGUUUUUGUGACAUCAGAGGGGAAAAAUAAAAGAAGAACAUGUAAAUAAAUGUG